AUGCGUCUGAAUACGUUGCAAUGUUUGGUCGUCGGCCUCGUGGCCAAUGCGUCACAAUCAUUAGCUGUACCGACGAAACGAGAAGCUGUGAACAGCUGCCUUGUUCAAGCCAAAGUCCCAAUUGACAGCAAGGGCACUCAAACAUGGACCGAAGACGGCACCGCUUACAAUCUGCGCCUUCAAUUCGAGCCCGUCGCCAUCGCAGUCCCUACGACCGUAGCUCAGAUCUCAGCUGCUGUCGCCUGCGGCUCAAAACACGGUGUCGCCGUCAAUGCCAAGAGCGGUGGCCACAGUUAUACGUCACUUGGUUUCGGUGGAGAAGACGGCCAUCUCAUGAUUGAGCUGGACCGUUUGUAUAGCGUCAAGUUGGCCAAGGAUGGAACUGCAAAGAUUCAGCCUGGUGCUAGACUUGGACAUGUCGCCACUGAGCUUUGGAACCAGGGAAAGCGUGCUCUGUCUCAUGGAACUUGCCCGGGUGUUGGUAUUGGUGGUCACGCCCUGCACGGUGGCUACGGCAUGGUCGCGCGCAAAUACGGUCUUACACUGGACUUGAUGAAAGGCGCUACUGUCGUUCUCCCCACCGGAAAAGUCGUUCACUGCUCCAAAACUGAGAACUCGGAUCUCUUCUGGGCUAUACGUGGCGCUGGUGCUUCAUUCGGUGUCGUCGCUGAGCUAGAGUUCGACACUUUCGCUGCACCCGAGCAGAUUACAUACUUCGACAUUGGUGGUCUUAACUGGAACCAACAAACAGCUCCUCAGAAUUUGUUGGACUUUCAGGAGUUUGGAAAGACUAUGCCUGCGGAAAUCACCAUGCAGAUGUUCAUCUCCAAGUCUGGAUACAGUGUUGAUGGUGCUUUUGUUGGUACCGAGGCUGAGCUGAAGAAGGCUCUUCAGCCUCUGCUUACCAAGUUCAACGUGCAAGUCAGCGCGACGACUGUUGAUUGGAUCCAGUUGGUUACUCACUUUGCUGGUGCCAACGUUGACGUCAACCCUACUAGCGCUUCAUACGAUGCACAUGACAACUUCUAUGCCAGUAGCCUUCAAGCUCCCGAGCUCACUCUCGCUCAAUUCAAGUCCUUCGUCAACUACAUCUCCACAACCGGCCAGAGCAGCAGUCACUCAUGGUGGUUACAAAUGGAUAUCUCUGGAGGCAAAUACUCCGCCAUCUCGAAGCACAAGCCCACCGACACAGCUUACGUUCACCGAGACGCUCUCCUUCUCUUCCAGUUCUAUGAUAGCGUUGCUCAGAACCAGAAGUAUCCUUCUGAUGGCUUCAACCUAAUCAAGGGUCUGCGCCAGAGUAUCUCCAACACUCUGAAGGAGGGUACUUGGGGUAUGUAUGUCAAUUACCCUGACUCGCAGCUCCAGGGUGAUAGAGCUACGGAGAUGUACUGGGGUAGCAACCUCGCCAAACUGGAGUCAAUCAAGGCAAAGUACGAUCCCAAGAACAUCUUCCGCAACCCUCAGUCAAUUAAGCCCAAGGCUUAA